CUCCCUUGGUCGUCUUCGUCCCCUGCUCGUCUCCCGUCCGUUUUCGGAUGCCCACUCCGACCAAAACCCUAGCUACUUCGUGAAGGUGGAGGGGAGGAGAUGGCGGCAGCGGAUGGGCGCAGCGGCGACUUCCGGGUCAGGGGUGGCAGCGUUGGGGGUCGGAUCGACCGACUGGUGGUGGAGAACUUCAAGUCGUACAAGGGUGAGCAGACGAUUGGGCCUUUCGUCGACUUCACAGCCAUCAUCGGCCCUAACGGCGCCGGCAAGUCCAACCUGAUGGACGCCAUCAGCUUCGUGCUGGGCGUGCGCUCAACGCACCUUCGAGGCGCGCAGCUCAAGGACCUCAUUUACGCCCUCGACGACCGCGACAAGGAGGCCAAGGGCCGCAAGGCUUCCGUCCGCCUCUUCUACUGCCAACCCAACCAGGAGGAGCUCUGCUUCACCCGCAGCAUCACCGGCGCCGGCGGCAGUGAGUACCGCAUCGACCGCAACCAAGUCACCUGGGACGUCUACAACGCCAAGCUCAGGUCCCUCGGCAUCCUCGUCAAGGCCCGCAACUUCCUCGUCUUUCAGGGUGAUGUAGAAUCCAUUGCCUCCAAGAACCCCAAGGAGCUCACCGCUCUCCUGGAGCAGAUCUCAGGCUCUGAUGAGCUUAGGAGGGAGUAUGACGAGCUGGAGGAGCAGAAAGCCAGGGCCGAAGAGAAGUCUGCUCUUGUGUAUCAAGAGAAAAGGACCAUUGUCAUGGAGCGGAAGCAGAAGAAGGUGCAAAAAGAGGAGGCAGAGAAGCAUCUACGCCUUCAACAGGACCUGAAACUGUUGAAGACAGAGCAUUACCUUUGGCAACUCUAUACCAUCGAAAAAGACAUAGAGAAAAUUGAAGCUGAGCUUGUGGAGGAUAGAGAAUCUCUUCAGCAAGUGCAGGAAGAGAAUCGAUCCAGUGACUAUGAACUGACUGCAAAAAAGAAGGAGCAAAGUGCAUUUCUCAAGAAAAUCACAUUGUCUGAGAAAAGCAUAACCAAGAAAAAGCUUGAACUCGACAAGAAGCAACCUGAGCUUCUUAAAUUAAAAGAGCAAAUAUCUCGUCUCAAAUCAAAAAUCAAAAGUUGCAAGAAAGAGAUUGACAAAAAGAAGGAUGAUCACAAAAAACAUCUUGGAGAGCUGAGAAGGCUGCAAAGUGAUCUGGUUGAGGUCACAGAAGCUAUUGAGGAAUUGAAUGAGCAAGGACAAGAUACAAGUGGAAAACUGUUAUUAGCCGACGACCAACUCCAGGAGUAUCAUAGAAUGUGAGUGUGACUAGACAUCUUAUGUGCAGCGUUGAUUUUAUAUUUAGUCUAUCUAGGCGUCAGCACACAUGCGGUGUAUUAUUAUUCUAGGAUAGGAAGAACAUUUGUGCCUAUGAGUUGAGUUGUACUGUUUUGUCUCAGAUGUGUACUGGGGGCUAAUGUUUUAUUUAAAGUGUGGAUGACUUGGACGCAC